AACUUGUUCAGAUAUUAGCCAACUACUACAACACAACAGAGGCAGCGAGCGGUGUUGUAACACUGUAUAGCUUAUUUUCUGUUUUAAAUAUUCUGUAAAUUUGUUUGUAAAAGAAUAGCUAGUCUCGCCGUCACGUUUAAAUCGCUUCUCAGUGCUGUAACAUUAGCUACAGGAAUCGCUGUUUGGGGAGAGAUCAACUCACUUGAAAUGAAAGCGGGCGUUCACUGCCGUUGUUCAAAAUGCUACACUGUCCCGGCUCGGAAGCGGGUGCGUAAGCGAACUCCAGCCCUCACAUUGCUGUCUCUGCCUGAGGAGGUCCUCCUCUGUGUCCUCCAGUGCCUCUCUGCCGAGGACCUGCUGUCGGUCCGAGCGACUCACUCCCAGCUGCGGGACAUUGUUGACAACCACUCCAGUGUUUGGGCCAGGGUCAGUUUCAGGGACACGUGGCCAUCCCCCAAAACCUUAUGGCUAUUUGAGAGAGCUGCUGACAAGGGGAAUUUUGAAGCCUCUGUGAAGCUAGGGAUUGCUUAUUUGUACAAUGAAGGACCGUUGUUAAGUGAUGAGGGGCGAGCUGAUGUAUGUGGUCGCAAGGCCUCCCACUUCUUCAGCCUGGCAGAGAGCCUGCGCUCCCCCACAACGGAUCCCUUCAUCUGGGUGUUCAUUCGUCCACCGUGGUCGCCCACCGGCAGCUGCUGCAAGGCCGUUGUGUUUGACCGUCUGAAGGCUGAGUGUGACCAAAACGCUGAGAAGAGAGGACCCUUGUUGCACUGUUUGGCCAGAGUUUUGCAGCUGUUUGAAGGCGAUGAAAGACGCUCAGAUGCCAUACCUAUGUUGAAGGAGUCAUCCCAGGCUGGCUGUCUACAGAGCUCCUACCUGUUAUGGGAGCACAACCGGAAAGACGCUAUGGCAGAUCCAGGCAGGUACCUCCAGUGUAUCCGAACCCUCAGGGACUAUGCUGGCAAAGGAUGCUGGGAGGCACAGCUCUCCCUGGCUAAAGUGUGCAGCGGUGGGAAUCCGCUGGGUCUGGAGUCAAAGGCCUGCUCUGACUUGGUGGCUCAGCUCUUCGGUUCCUCUAACUCGGCAUCACGACACUGCGCUCAGGGCGUCCUGAGACAAGGCAUCAAGGACACCAUGAGGUACAUCCUGGUGGACUGGCUUGUGGAGGUGACCACCAUGAAGGAUUUCUCCAGCCUGACGCUGCAUGUGACGGUGGGUUGUGUGGACCGCUACCUGGCUCUGCGCUCUGUCCCCAAGGCUCGCCUCCAGCUAUUGGGAAUUGCCUGCAUGGUAGUUUGUACACGCUAUAUCAGUAAAGAAAUCCUGACCAUACGUGAAGCUGUCUGGCUCACAGACAACACCUACAAAUAUGAGGAUCUGGUUCGAAUGAUGGGGGAGGUCGUCUCUGUGCUGGAGGGAAGGAUCAGGAGCCCCACACUGCUGGACUACGGUGAGGUGCUGCUGUCUCUGCUCCCUCUGGAGAGGCGGACCACUCACCUAUUCAGCUACAUCUGCGAGCUGUCGCUGCUCUACUCUGCUCUCGCCACACCGCCACCUUCCAAACUGGCCUGCGCUGCUCUUCUGCUUACACGAGUGCUACAUCACUAUGCUCCAGUCUGGCCCAGCCAGUUGGUCGACUACACAGGCUUUUCCAAGGAAAACCUCGCCUCCCUGUCUGUGCUGCUGUAUGUCAAGUGUUUCAGUGAAGAUGUUCCCAAAGAUUACAGGCAUGUGUCUCUUACUGGUGUUAAGCAGCGGUUUGAGGAUGACGCCUUCCAGCACAUCAGCAAAGAAAAGGUGAUGGAUUUUAAAGAGCUGUGUCAGAUCUUGGAGAUUCCUGAGGUGGAGCCUGAUAUGGAGCCUCCCAGUCCCACUGGUCAACCAGCAGACCUCCACACCUUCCUCGCCUCUCCAUCCAGCACCAACAAGAGGAGACGAGAUGACGCCAUGCAGGCCCACAGAGCCGGUUUUGUGGCCACACCCACAGCAGAGCUGUCCAAUCAGGAGGAGACGCUGCUGGGCGACAUACUGGACUGGAGUCUGGACACUUCCUCUUCCGGCUACGAGGGGGACCAGGAGGAGGAGAGCGAGGGAGAGAGAGACUGCGAUUCCUCCAUGAUAUCCAUCAAACUGCAGUCGGUGACCGAUGCAGACGAGAGACUGGAGCACUGCAGAGCCUUGUCCAGCGAUGAAGACAGCUCCUCUGAAGCGGAAAGGGAGGUGAGCGAGGAUUGCAAAGACGAGGAACCCCUUUCCUUCCCCGCAGACAUUCACAGUUCAGGAUACUCCUCUGUCCAGAGUGUCAGCCCCUCGUCCACGUGCUCCUCCUCCACCCUCAUGCCCUGCACAUUCAAAACCUUUACCACUCCCCUGGGCGCAGCCUCCGCCAAUGCCCAGCCCGGUUUCCGCCUUUUGGUGCCCAUGCAGAGGCCCCGCGGCACCUCCACCAAACAAGUGAAGAGGAAGAACUCAGCUGCUCAUAGUGGAGGCGAGGUGGAAGGAGACGAGUUUUCUGUCAAUGCGGGGUUUCUGAGCCUAUAGACGGUGUUUUUUUAUUAUCCUCCAGCACUUUUCUUCAGUUCUCGAUGCUGUUCCUCACUCCUGUCAGUCUGCACUGAGCCGUCAAUUGUCAGAAGAUCAAGAGACUUUCAAGUAAGGGAGAACAAAUGAUUUACCAGGAAACUUGCCUUUCUAUUACAUUACAUUUCAGUUACACGUUUACAGGCAUGGUACAAUAAAAUACCUCCCAUAAACCAUACGGUCUGCUCUGAAACCACUGGAACACGACUCGACUCUCCUCAGGAACAUUUCUGUUGUUUCACAGCCUUCUACAACAACCUAUCUCAGAUUGCAUAAGAUAGUUGUCAAAGAAAUAAAACCUUGUGGGCUUGUUUUGGAGGGAUAAAAGAAGAAAGUGUUCAUUGUUAAAAUCAUAUUGUAGUAAAACUUUAACAGCUUUCAUGUUAAUGUGAUUGUUUUGGUUAUCAUAGUUUCUGUUAUGCACUGUCUGGUCAAGACCAUCUUGUAGUUGGUGAAUGUCAUCAAUAGAUGACUACUGUCCUCUGUUUGAUGGAAAUGUCUGCAUCUGAAGCCUAAAAAAAAA